UUCCUGUCGCCUUCUGGACUGGAAUCCUGUCUGGCCGGGGAAUCCCGCAAACACCCCAGAGAUUUAAGAUCUGACUAUAAGUAGCCCUAGACCAGAGCCAGGGCCGGAGUGAAAAUUGCGCUGCGAAGCGUAGAUCUUCUUCCUCAUCUUAUUAUCCCUAGAGAUGCUGGUUGGUGGGUCUUACAGUAUCUCGAUGGGGUGUUUCCCCCCCCACCGGAUCGGACCGGAGCGAGGACAUCCCGGGAAACCAAGCGUUAUCUGUCUAGCCCUGUAGACGGGUUGGGCCGUCCCCGGAGCGGACCGGAGGGAAAACCGCCGCCUUAGGAGGAGCCCACCACGUGGAGUAGCGGAGGCGCCGCUGGGCUCUUCUUGUGCGCGCAGCAGAGCCUCGCGUCUGGCACACGCUCCCCGCCGCCGCGCCAGAAAGGACCUUUUGGUCUCCCGAAAAACUCCUCGACAGAUCGGAUCUCCUUCUCCAGGACGGACUAAAUAAGCGCCAUUCUCUUCGCCGCCGUAUCGCCUGCAAACUGCAUUUAAAAAGGGGGUCUCUUCUCCGCACCCACUACCACGGUUCCCCCAGCUGAUGUGUGUGGACAGCUUCAAGGCCAGAUCCAGUUGGGAAUAAUGAGCCAUCCAGCCAUGCCUUUCUUCUCUCUGGGAUUCUGGACUUUGCAGUUAAGAAUGAUAGCACUUCCUCCACGUGAUCAUGAACAACUUGCAAAAGUUAAAUUCAGAGAACCUUCUAAGAUGUCUGUCCAUGUAUAACGCCCUAAAGUUCUGUUCCACAAAUCCCAGUUUCGGUAAAGACUGAGAUACAUUCUCAGGUGUAUGUAAAGGAUUAAAUUGAAAAGAGGAGUUCCAACUCAGCAGAGAAUGACCCAGUACAACUGGUCAGCAGAGUUUCCCUUCCAGAGUAUGUCUAACAGGUCUCUGAAUGCCAGUGAAAUGCCCAAGGGCUGGGAUGAGGGGAGUUUGCUAGGCCUCCAGGUCACCCUUGCUGUGAUUCUGGCUGUGAUCACACUGGCGACGAUGCUCUUCAAUACGUUCGUCAUCAUCACAAUCAUCCUUACCAGAAAACUCCACACGCCUGCCAAUUAUCUCAUCGGCUCCUUGGCGGCCACUGACCUCUUGGUUUCGAUCCUGGUCAUGCCCAUCAGUAUUCCGUACACCGUCAGCCACAUCUGGACCUUUGGCCAGAUCAUGUGUGACAUCUGGUUGUCCUCGGACAUCACCUGUUGCACGGCUUCCAUCCUGCACCUUUGUGUGAUUGCCCUGGACAGAUACUGGGCUAUCACAGACGCUCUCGAGUACACCAAACGCCGGACUGCUGGCAGAGCUGCUCUCAUGAUCGCUGUGGUUUGGGUGAUCUCCAUUUGUAUCUCAAUGCCGCCUCUUUUCUGGAGGCAGGCCAAAGCCCACACAGAAAUGGCCUCCUGCAACGUGAACACGGAUCAGAUUUCCUACACCAUCUACUCCACCUGCGGGGCCUUCUAUAUCCCAACCCUGUUACUCGUGAUCCUCUAUGGUCGGAUUUAUGUGGCCGCUCGGUCCCGCAUUCUGAAGCCGCCGUCGCUCUACGGGAAGCGCUUCACCACCGCCCACCUCAUCACGGGCUCGGCAGGGUCCUCCCUCUGCUCCCUCAGCUCAAAUCUUCACGAAGGGCAUUCCCAUUCCGGCAGCUCCCCAGUGUUCAUCAACCACGUGAGGAUCAAAGUUGCCGAUAGCGCCCUGGAGAGGAAACGUAUUUCUGCCGCCCGUGAGCGGAAAGCCACCAAAACACUCGGGAUGAUUUUAGGGGCCUUCAUUUUCUGCUGGCUCCCGUUUUUCGUGGCGACUUUGGUCUUACCCAUCUGUCAGAAUGCCUGUUGGCUCCCACCCAUCCUCUUUGACUUUUUCACAUGGUUAGGCUACCUGAACUCCCUCAUCAAUCCUAUUAUAUAUACUGCUUUCAACGAUGAAUUCAAACGGGCUUUUCAGAAAAUGAUCCGAUUUAAAAAAUGCUCCGAGGCCUAACUCCUUCUAGUUUUUGACGCAACUGCCAAUACAUAACAUUCAGCCCACCUGCACUCAUAAUUUCCUACCGAGUGGGUGAACAAUCAUUGUUCUCCUUGUCUCCUUGUCACAUGUGACUGACAACCUCUUGUUUUUUCAUUGCACUUCCUUUUGCUCUCUGUAAUAAUUAUAACUUCUAAGAGUUGCUAGUCUGUGCAGUGAAGUGUGUGUGUGUGUGUGUGUGUGUGUGUGUGUGUGCAGAGCUCGGAAAGAAGAUCUGGAACAUGGGAGAAGAUCUGGAAUGAGCGGGAUGAAAUAAAUAUGGGAGAAGCUGGUUUAUAUAGACAGUGUGGCACAAUUUCCCCAUUCUUGCUUUAGUGUGAAUUAGACGCCGCAGCAGCAGCAAGAUGUGUUUGUCUACAUUAAUUGUCUCAGAGCAACCCCACCCAAACCUGUAACAUGGGAAUAAUAUGACUUUUCAGGUUUUUAGUAAGGAUUAUGGAGCUAAGCACAGGACACACUUUGGGGGAAAAGCUAUAUAAAUAAUAGGUUCAUUCAUUUGACCGCUGGCAGGAUAGGACAGGAGGAGCAGCCAGCCUAUGGGUAGGAGAGCCAGGUACGCUCCUGAUUGGUCAUGUGCUUGCAAACAUUAAGGGAGGAAGAAGGGAGAAUGGUAACAUAAGAAGCUGCCAUAUACCGACCGGUCCAGACCAUGGGUCCAUCUAGCUCAGUAUUGUCUACAUCAGGGAUUCUCAACAUUGGGUCCCCAGAUGUUAUUGGACUUCAGCUCCUAUCAUCCCCAACCAAAGGCCACUGGAGCUGGGGAUUAUGCGAGUUGAAGUCCAAUAACAUCUAGGGACCCAACAUUGAGAAUCCCUGGUCUAUGCAGACUGGCAGCGGCUUCUCCAGGAUUGCUGGCAGGAGUCUCUCUCCUCCCUAUCUUGGAGAUGCCAGGGAGGGAACUUGGAAUCUUCUGCUCUUCCCAGAACAACCCCAUUCCCUAAGGGGAACAUCUUGCCGUGCUCACAUAUGUGUUCCCUCUAAGAGGGAUUCCCAGAUGUUGUUGACUACAACUCCCAGAAUUUCCACCUACAAUGGCUUUUGCUUGGGGAUUAUGGGAGUUGUAGUCAACAACAUCUGGGAAUCCCUGUUAGAGGAAACAUUGGUAGUCUCCCAUUCAAAUGCAACCAGGGUGGACCCUGCUUAGCAAAGGGGACAAUUCAUGCUAGCUACCACAAGACCAGCUGAUUGUGUGUGAUGUGGCAGCUGGGUAGGACAAACACACCCUACCUAGAUUCCGUUCCCAGUAUUUUAAGUUAGGCAAAAGUUAGUUGAUUUCACCCAGUUUUUAACUUGACUUUGGCUUUAAAUUGUUUUAAGGUUUUUGUUUUUGUUUUUGUCUUAAUCUGUUUUAUAUUGUUGUAAAUUGCCCACAGACAGAAGUUUGGGGUGGUCUACAAAUUUGAUAGGUAGAUAGAUCCCCUCCUCUCUAGGAGGAAAGCUGGUCUUGUGGUAAAGGUAAAGAGGAGUUUACCAUUGCCAUCAUAGCAAGCAUGAAUUGUCCCCUUUGCUAAGCAGUGUCCACCCUGGUUUGCAUUUGAAUGGGAGACUACAUGUGUGAACACUGUACGAUAUUCCCCUUAGGGGAUGGGGCCGCUCUGGGAAGAGCACCUGCUUGCUUGCAUACAGAAGGUUCCAAGUUCCCUCCCUGGCAGCCUCUCCAAGACAGGGCUGAGAGACACUCCUGCCUGCAACCUUGGAGAAGCCGCUGCCAGUCUGUGCAGACAAUACUGAGCUAAAUGGACCAAUCGUCGGACUCAGUAUAUGGCAGCUUCCUAUGUUCCUAUCUUCUUCCUAUAGAUAGAUAGAUGCCGUCCUACCCAGCUGCCACCUUGCGCACAAUCACUCUUCCCUCCUCCUGCCUUAAUGUUUUCAAGCACACGGCUGCCAGUCAGGAGCACACCUGGCGCUCCUACCCAGGGCAGGUGCUCUACCAGCAGUCAUCUGUACGAAUCUGCUAAGUAUUGUUAUUUAUUGUUCCAAACAUCAGAAGGUAUUAUAUAUUGUAAAAUACUGUAGUGAGGGAAAUGGGUGUGAGCAUUAGCCCCCAGUAUCCCAAAUCCACUUUCCCUCUAGUACAGAUUUUCUCCAGUGGGGCCACUAUCUAGCUGUUUUCACUACCAAUCCAUGGCGUGUGACAUUCACCUGAAAUGUUGCAAAGUUUUUCAAAUGGUUCUGAGACCCCCUGGGGAAGUCUGCGAGGGAUUCUCUGAUGAGGAACUUGGUAAUGAUCUUCCAUUGUGAAGAGCAGUCAUUGGGAAGUGUCGGCAGUAUUCUGACGACUCAGUCCCAUGGAUAUUUUGGAAGGAAGACCCAUGCGAUCGCUAGAAUUUACUUCCAAGGCAGCAUAGGAGAGUGGCCUUAGGUUCACUCUCAGUUUGUAGGCGAUCAAGCCAUAGCUCAGUGGUACAGCCUCUGCUUAGCAUGUAGAAGCUCUCAGAUUUCUCCUUGGUGGCUAUUUAUGCACUCGGCUCUCAGCUCAUCCCUGCUGAGUGGCCUGCCCAAUUGCACAGGAAAUCUGAAAGCAUUCUAGAUAGCUGUGGAGCAAAGAAUGUUUGUUUGUUGAGCUGUCAUUUGAGCUGUCCCAUAUUUCUUGUGAAUUUGUACAUUCUUUUUUGAAACGGAGUAUUUUGUGAAUUUUCUUAUCAAACGAGAGCAUCAUUUGAGAUUAUUUUUCUACGUUUUUCUCAUGUCAGACCGGAACUGUAUAAUCAGAUUGAAUAUCCCAGCAAAAUAAACAGCAUGAGGAAUUUUAACCA